AUGACAACAGUAAAGCUCCUCUACUCCUGUUUGUUCCGAGCCAUCUCAGUGAUGAUUCCCCAUGUGUGAUUUAAAUAUAUCAACACAUUUGUCACACAUUGUAGAUUCAGUUUAUAACUCAAGACACUGAAACGUACAAAUCUUCUUGUGCUUGCAGAUUCAAGAUUUAGUCAUCAAGAGGAUUGUCUCGCUGAAAGUGAAAAGCAUCUCAGCGCUGCUCCAAAGCUCCUCUGUGAUUUUUUCUGCUCUACGGGUGGCGAAGAAAGUGUCUCACAAGUCACUGGAAUCAUCCCUGACUGCUAUUCGCUCGAUGACCUCACUUCUCUGGAGGACUUCCUAUUCUAAAAACGUAGCUGAAAUUCCUCUGGUACCUCAAUCUGCACACAACUUAGCUUUGUGUCUUGAAAACGUGGUAAAAGCAGGAGCAGUGAGUGCGUCAAGUCAUGAAAGUUUAAAUAUCCAGGAACAGGGUAAAUCAUUGGUAAAUACUUCUAUGAAGGUCCUUGGUGAAGUUUCGGCCGCAGUGCUGGCUCUGAAGGUGCCGGAUGAAAAUAUGACAUCGAUCACAACGAGAGAACUGUCCAUGACAUUAGGGCGACACACCCCUGAGAGACUUGCAGGGUUGGAGAUAAAAGGAGGAAAUGGUCGGUUCAUUUUCCCGCCGAACAGAACAGAACUAGUUCCCAAAAAUAACGGAACACGUUUCGUUGAUAUUCAGAUGGUGUCUAUUUCGUUCAACCCAUACACUUGGCACAGUACAAAAGAGCGAGUCAACUCUGAUGUUCUAGUCCUGAACUUGAAAAACGACAACAGCGAAAUGUUGGAAGUAUCAAGUCUAGACGAAGAAAUUGUCAUUGCCGUGCCGUUAAAACCACAAACACCUUCCAAGGAGAAGUCAUGGUAUUUUAUAAAGAAAGAUGAGAUACGUUUCCACGAGAUAAAUGUCACGCACAAAAAUACCCUACUGAUACUGGAAAUUUUACCGCAAGAUCCAACUGUAAAUCUCCUUGUUUACAUGCGCUUUGGUCAGCGGCCAACGACCCAAGAAUAUGACCUCAAUGCUACUAUCUCCCAUAGCGGUAAUUGCGUGUGGAAGCCAACUGCGCAAGGCAAAAAAGAAGGAGAAACGGAGUGCUUUUUGAAUCCACUUACGCCGAUAGAAGCUUUAGCUAAACGUCCGGGAAAGUACUAUCUUGGUUUCCUGAGCGUCGUAGUCAAAGACACUCCAGUCAGUAGCGCAGUUUAUGACUCCAAAACAUAUCAGAACUAUACUCUUAAGGUGGCUUUAGGAAGCUGUGUGUUCUGGUCGGAUAAGCAUGAGAUGUGGAUAACAACUGGCUGUCGGGUUUUAGCUGCAACAGAUGGUUUUAUAAACUGCAGUUGUAACCAUCUGACAGCAUUUGGAGGAAGUCUCUUAAUUAAACCGAAUCCUAUCGACUUUGACAAGGUUCAAGAGGAGUUUAAUAGAUUACCAGAGACUGGAAAUAUUGCAGUUAUUGUGACGUUAGCUACGAUCGCCUUCUGUUAUACGAUCGCGCUCAUUAUUGUUAGGAAAACUGACAAACGCGACGGAAGAGAUCUUGGUCUUCCAACACAACUUCCAGCCCCACCAAACUGUACAUACGAGUACGAAAUAGUGAUCACUACAGGGGUCUGGAAGAACUCUGGCACAACUGCUCAAGUUUCCAUGGAGAUUUACGGUUCUGAUGGAAAUAGUGGCAUUCUUCGGCUUUGCCAGGGAGAGCUUGGUGCAGAUGAUAUGUUAUUCUCUCGAGGUAAUUCAGACCUCUUUGUACUUAAUGUUAACAACUCACUUGGUGCAAUACAAGAAGUGCGGAUUGGUCAUGAUAACUCUGGUGACAGUCCCUCCUGGUUUUUAGAGGAAAUUUUUAUCCGUGACGUACAAUCUGAUCAGUCGUGGAAAUUCAUAGUCGGUCAGUGGUUCGCUCUUGAGCGCAGAGAUGGGCGUAUUGAGCGAAUGUUUGACUCAACUGCAACUCAAUUAGAUUUCAGCAGCGAGGUUGCAAGACUAUGGCGGAGAGGCCUCGCACAGUCGCAUCUUUGGAUUUCAGUUGCAGCCAAGCCAAUAAGAAGCCGCUUUACAAGAGUACAGCGGGUUUCUUGCUGCUUUUCAUUGCUACUGGCAUCUAUGUUAGCUAACGCGAUGUUCUAUAAGCUAGAUGGCAAAUAUGAACAGCCUAUCCAAGUUGGACCGUUGAAAUUCUCGUGGAGACAAGUUGUUACUGGUAUUAAAAGUGCGCUUAUUGUGGCACCCAUAAACAUACUCUUAGUGUUCUUGUUUCAAAAAGGAGCCGAAAGGUCCAGAAGUAACGAUAACCAUUGUUUUAAAGCUGCUGUAAUCCAUUGUAUCGCCUGGUUCGGGUUAUUUUUUUCUUGUUGUGUUUCUGCCACAUUUACAGUCUUCUACAGCUUGAUUUGGGAAAAGACUGUUAGCGAGCAGUGGCUUUUCUCAGUGUUCGUCUCACUUGCGCAGGAUGUGACCUUAACGGAACCAGUAAAAUUGUUCUUUACAGCUUUGAUCCUCGCAGCCAUUUUCAAAAUAAAGGCUAAAAGAUCAGAGGUACUAGAAUGCGAAAAUUCUAAUCAAGGUAAAAGUAGCAGCUCGAAAGAAAGAUUUUGGAAGCUGAAAUUGUCAGAUGUGGAAAAGAUGAGAAGAAGCCAAGCCAAGAAAGAGAACCUGUCACGUUAUUUCGCAGAGUUGGGUAUCUACUUGGUCUUCGUUUUCUUGCUGAUGGUAGUGUGCUAUGGAAACAAAAAUGACCAUCGGUACCUGAUGACAAAAUCAAUCCGAGAUGGCUUGCCAAACUUUAGUAAUGUGGCAGACGACAAGAUGUACUGGAGCUGGUUGCAAGAUAAUUUUAUUCCUGGAGUGUUUUCUGGCAGAUGGUACAACGGUCAAGAGGAGAAACAAACAACGUACAUUGGAAAUAAACAUUCUCUUCUUGUUGGAAUGCCUCGAAUAAGGCAACUCAGAGUGAAAUCGACUUCGUGUACCAUUGCAAUGUUUAAAGAAUGCUACAAAGGGUAUUCUAACACAGACGAAGACAAGACCGCCUGCUUUAAGCCGGGAUGGAAGCCUGUUGAUAACUCCACGAGUAACGACGAAUUGCCACGACUUUGCCCGAAGGCAUGGCGAUAUCAAAGUGCGAAGGAAACCGACACCGUAGCAAAGUGGGGACAGUUGUCAUUUUAUCACGGAGAAGGAUUUAUAGCAGAUCUUGGGAACGACAACCAAACAGGACAUCGCAUAAUAACAAAUUUAAAAAAAAGUUGUUGGCUAGACAAGCAAACGAGAGUUGUCGUCGCAGAGUUUUCCUCGUUUAAUCCCUCAGUGAAUAUUUUAGGUGUUGCCACAUACUUCUACGAAGUUGAGGCGUCGGGAUUCAAAGUCGCCUCGACACAAAUUGAUGUCAUUUCUCGUGAUUCUUCGGAUACAGCUUCACUUCAGUUUUACUCGAUCUGCCUUUUUCUAUUUAUUUUACUCGUUAUUCUGCAUUUUGGAAGAGAGAUUUUCAGAAUUUAUAGUCAUCGCUCUCGUUAUUUCCAGUCCGUGUGGCAUUGGGUGGAGAUGCUCCAAGUUGUUUUUUCUGUGUUAGCCGUUGUAAUUUACCUUAUACGACAACGUAGAGUAAAUACAGCGACGGGAAAGUUGCAAGAAAACAUUGACGCAAACAUCAGUUUCCAAGAAGCUAUAAUUUGGCAGGAAGCAGACAAUGCUGCACUUGGAGUCCUAAUUUUUAUCGUCACUGUAAAGCUCUUGAGAAUCAUUCGGUUGAAUAGUCAAGUUAUUGUAUUCUCCAAAGUAUUGAAGAUAUCAGCGCGAUCCUUGUCAUCGUUUAGCAUUGUUCUAUUGACUUUCUUUAUUGCAUUUCUGCACUUCGGUGUUUUGAUGUUUGGCACUGGAUUUGAGCGCUAUUCUUCGGUGCUUAAAGCAACUUAUUUCCAACUCGAGCUAACUCUAGGGCGAGUGAAAGCUAGACCAAUCAAUGAACUGUCCGAGACUCACAACAUAUACGCCAAAAUCUUCUCCUUCUUAAUUCUUUCAACCCUUACUAUCGUCUGCAUGAAUUUUUUCAUCGGUAUGAUAAACGAUGCACUUCUGGAAGCAAAGCACACCGCUGGCCAAAGUGUACUGCACGAACUUGUUAAUAAAGAUCCUUGCAUAAGCUCAAAGGAAAGAAAAGCAUUUUUCGAUGUGAUCAGUCACAAGCUGCGACAGUCGAAGGCCUCACGAACGCUAGACGAGAUGGAGAAAAAAAGCACUUCAAAUGUUAGCCUUGAUUUCGAGAAAAGUUCAAAAAUGAACUUUGAUAUCAAGGUUAGCGAGAUGUGGGUUUUAAGGGAAAUAAAAGCAGAGAAAACACCAAGCAACGUGGAGAGAAAAUCAUUCUUUGAUAAGACAAGCAGAAUGUUAAAAGCGAUAAGAAGUAUCAACUAUAACGAACAAAGAAAGGGCAAAGGUAGAAAGAACGUAAGAUUUCAGGAGGAUGUCGUUGACUCUUUUCUUCGGAAAUUGGAUAAAAAGAAGAACGACUUGUUUCAACAUCUAGAUAGAGUUAUUACAGGGUUUUCAGAGGAGGAAGAGGACAUUUAUCAUUUGCUGAGCUACGUUGAAGGCUCACUCGGACCACGAUGAAAAAGAAAAAAAGAUAAUUAAGAUAAAAUGAACAAAUGUUUUGCCAGGCAGAGACAUAAAAUA